AUGGCUGAUCUAAUUCGAGCUAUGGGAGCGCCUAUAGGACCCCCUAUAAAGGAUAAGCUGGGAUCUCCGUCUACUGAAUCCGAGGAUGGGGGUGGUGAUAUUGCAGAAUUAACUGCAGAUUUGGAAUUGGAUGAAGCUGAUGGACCAAGCACUAAUGGGGAGCGUCAAGCAGUACUAGCUCCACCUGAGACCGAGUGGUAUCAUGGUCGCUUGGACAGAUACACAUCAGAAGAACGUCUCUGGGCUGCUGGAAAACAUGGCAGCUAUUUAGUACGUGAAAGUGAUCGUAAGCCAGGAUCAUAUGUGUUAAGUUAUUUGGGACGGACUGGAAUCAAUCAUUUCAGAAUAACUGCAGUAUGCGGUGAUUACUACAUUGGUGGUCGUCAGUUUGACUCCCUGACCGAGCUGGUUGGUUUUUAUAGCCAUUGCUCUGAUUUGUUAAAGCGUGAGCGUUUACUUGAACCGGUGCCUCCGCCUGAACCUGUUAAUGAUAAAAAGAGGGUAGUGGCCAUUCUGCCUUACACCAAAAUGCCGGACACUGAUGAAUUAACUUUCCAAAAGGGUGAUAUCUUCUUUGUGCAUAAUGAUAUGGGUGAUGGCUGGUUGUGGGUCACUGCACAUCGGACGGGUGAACAAGGAAUGAUCUUUAGGGAGCUGGUGGAGGACCUGGAUCCAUCCAUCGACCCAAACACCGUAUUCUCCUGGUUUCAUCCCAAUUGUACCAAGAGUGAAGCCGUUGAUAUGCUGGUCAAGGCUGGACCAGGAAGCUUUCUUGUCAGGCCUUCAGACAAUUCCCCGGGGGAUUACUCCUUGUUCUUCCACAUCAACAAUCAGAUACAGAGGUUCAGGAUAGAGAAGAAGGGCGUGAGGUAUUUGAUGGGAGGCAGGACUUUUGAGUGUCUGGACGCGGUCAUCAACAGAUACAGGAAGGAACAGAUUGUGGAGGGACACACUUUGGGACAACCUUUGAUCGCCGAAGGUCACGUGAUAGAGCCGCAGCAGAACACCACUGGAGCGGCAGCGGAAAAGAUCUACGCGACUUUAAGAGAAUGCAGAGAUCAGAUCGGCUUGAAGAAGAUGAAGGGUAUCAAACAUCAAGGUUAUCUACACAAGAAAUCAGAUAAAGCCGCGAAGAAGUGGAAGGCGCUGUACUUCGUGCUCUUGCAAGAAGGAACCGAUACCCAUUUGUAUUUCUAUGACUCGCCAAAACGUACCAAACCGAAGGGACUUAUUGAUUUGUCCUGUGCUUACCUGUACCAGGUUCACGAGUCUCUAUGGGAACGUGAGUUCUGUUUCCAGCUGGUAGAACGCGCGCUGCCUUGCCUCUCAACUCAUACCUUCUUGGCCGCUGCUUCAGCUGGAGAAUUAAGGGCCUGGCUUGAGGCCUUGAGACCGCUGUGUGUACCGCAACAGGCUAGACAUCAUUGCAAGGUUGCUCGUGUGGUAUGGCUGCGUGCUCUCCGCGUCCGUUGUGUGACCGCUCACCGCCUGCCCGCUAGGCUCGCCCCGCGGCCUUACCUACGUCUUGCGUUAGGAGCCGCGCCCGUAGCACGCACUAGGGCCAGACCCUCACCUGAUCCGCACUGGGAUGAUGAGUUUGUUUUCGAUGACGUACCACCGGAUGUAACAUCAUUUACCAUCACCGUGCACAAUACCGGAAAGAGAGGGAAAGAAUCGGAAGUAGCCGAACUUACUAUUGAACUUGCGAAUUUGGCUAAUGGCGAAGAAGUGGAAGAGUGGUAUCCGCUUGCGGGGAUGACGCCUAUAGGCGAGUGGGGUUCCUUGAGACUUCGUAUAAGAUACAUGCAAGAGUUGGUGAUGCCUCGUGAGGAGUACAAUCCGUUACGCCAACUCCUCCUCGAGCCUGGCUUGCCCGCCGUCAAGGCGCUGGCUGAUCUUUGCCGCACGGACAGACAACCUUUGGCCACAUCGGUAUUACAUGCGUUCUCCGAGUGCGGCCGCGGGGCGGAGCUAGCUCGUGAGUUGUCAGCAGCUGAAGUAUCUCGUGAGGCUGAUCACCGUGCAUUGUUCCGAGCCGCUUCCCUCGCUACCGCCGUGCUUGAUGAGUUCAUGCAUGCACUAUGCAAGCCAUUCCUACAGGCUGCUAUAGCGGAGACGGUACAGAAGUUGAUAGAUUCAAAACAGUCGGCUGAGUUGAAUCCUACAAAGAUGGACUCGCCGGAUGACGCCUGUAACAACGCUGAGUUCCUGUUGAUGAUACUCGACCAGAUAACGCUAUCUAUCUUCACAUCCCCGGAGGCCUGUCCGCGUCCUAUUCGGUAUCUGUGCGGUUGUUUGCAACGAGCGGCUGUGGCGAAGUGGCCGAAUGAACGCUUCGUACGGACAAGAGUUGUGUCCGGAUUUAUCUUCCUGCGCCUGAUCUGUCCAGCGUUAGUUGAGCCUCGUUCGUGGGGUCUGGUGACGUCAGCGCCGCCGCCUCACGCCCAGCGCUCGUUACUGAUGGUGGCUAAAUGUCUGCAGAAUCUCGCCAAUCUCAUUGAAUUCGGUGCUAAGGAGCCGUACAUGGAAGUGGUGAAUCCGUUUAUACUGAAAAACAAAGAGCGUAUGGUCGUGUUUCUGGACCAGUUGAGUUCGGUACAAGACCCUGGCAACCCUCCACCGAACUCCAACAAUAACUUCGACAUAGCAAAGGAGCUAGCAACUAUUCAUCACAUCUGUGUGUCACAUUUGGCGGAACUGCAGAACCUGGCCAAGACUCAGACGGCCAUCAGGAAGUUGGUCACAGUAACGGAAAUGCUCACGAAGCAUAAGCAUAAAUACCUCGAGAUGAUCAGAUAGGAUACGCCUUUAAGUAGCACAGGGUAAAUUGAGGCCGUACAGUGCAGGUAGUUCUCCAUCGCGAGACUGAAUUAGUCGUAUUUGUGUAGUCAUUCUUAGCUUUACGUUUAUUUCAACGAAUACAGACAACAACGUAUCGAGAGCCUUGUAGUGCCAAACGUGUAUUCGUUAUUACUAUACUUACAUAUAUAUCUUUAUUGGACAUUUAUGUGACUGCCUAUUUAUAGUAUGUUAGUAUACAGGCAAGGCACAUAACUCUGUUCUUGUCUCGUGACGUGAUCACGUACGAGGACUCGGUUACGGUGUCAGCCUGUGUUAGUAGAUUAUGUUAGAGGCGUAUUUAUUCUUAGCUUAGGCUGUACGUUGAAAUACCAAUAUCGGGUCAAUUGGCUUCAAACACGCGAGAUGUGUACUUUUGUAAUCGAUUUAGUUAUAGAUUUUGGAUAUCUUAAGGUACAUGUAAGUGUGAUUGACGACUGAUUGAUUAAUUAGCGGUGUACCAACGACAGGCGGCCGUCAUCCUGUAGGCGGUGUAAGGAUACUUUUUUAGAGGCGAGUACAAUAUUAACGAAUGUUUUAUAAAAUAUUAAAUUUUUGCAAGGAAUUUUUGUAUGACCCUUUUGUACUGUUUACAUCGCUUCACGCGUGAAAACUUUUCUUAUAUACAAUUUGUUACGUCACAUAAAGUAUUGAUUUUACAAUUUUAUAUUUUAAUAUCUCAUGCUAUUUUUAAAAUAAGUGUAUACGUAGAUUAUUGUAGCGUUAAUUCGAUCGUCGAUAAACACCAAAAAUAUCUUAGUGCGAUGGGAGCCAGAUGUUAGAAUACUUUCUGCACCUUUCGAUUUAUUCUGUGAUAAAAACUUCCAGCGUAAAACUAACAUUCUACAAACUGCAUUUAUCACAUGUUUUUUUUUUACUUUUUUAUACUGUUGCCGCUCUCUUUGAUUUCAGGACGUGUGUUCUGUGGAUGUCUCAAGUUUAUUUUUGUUUUUUAUUAUUCUCGCUCAAGUUAUGAAUUUAUUUUGUGCCAUAUAUGCUAAGUACUGUCGCCUCGUUUAUGUAUUAUUAUAUUUGAAUGCAGAAAUAUUGGCAAGUUUUUUUUUUUAUACAGAAACUACAAAGUACUUAAAAUAUUAAACUAACCGCUCAAACCGACCUUUGUCUAGAAUACCUCUUUCUUUUCUUUAAUCUUAAAAGUAUUUUAUAAUGUACUGCCACACUUAGUUUUUUUUUUCACAAAUAAGAAAACCAAUAUUUUAUAAUUUAGAUUUCAAUAGAUUCUUUAGAUGUAUUCCAUUGAGUAUAUACUAUCGUUUCAAAUAUUUAAUGUCUUUCAAAAAAUUUCAUUUAAGUUUUAAAAUAAAGUUCUUCACAGACUUUUUUUUCUAAAUUACCAACAUAGAUUUUUUUGUUUCAUAAAUUUGAUAUUAUUUUUUAAAUUAAUGGUCUGUGGAGACGUACAAUUGACAGAUACAUAUAUUUGUUUAAUUUUAAUGUACAACAGCAUUAAGGGGAAACUAAUGCCUCAAAUUUUAUACAUGAUUUAUUUAGCAAUAGCUUGUAGGUGUAGAUGUGCGUAAUUGUUAGUUGUAAAGACUAGACUGAUUAAUGCUCUACUAGACAUUUACAUCAUACAUUUAAAUCUUUCAUGACAUUUCGUUUACAUUAAAACUUUGUUUAAAAAAAAUAAUUUUCUUAAUAAUUUAUUAUAAAUUUUUCAAUUGAAUAUAUAUAAUUUUUUUCCUUAUCAGAAAUGUUAGGCAACAAUUUUCCAUAAAACGUUAAUGCUAAAUGCGUUUUACUUAUAAUAAUAUUUAUAUGUUUGUUUUGUAUCCUUUAAAGUUAAAAUGAUUAGUGUUGAAUUUUUGUGACUGUUUUAUUGAUAUCUAUAUUACAUUGUAAUACUAGUAUGUACUGUUUUUCAUUGAAUUUUUAUCUGUGCUAGAAAUGAUGGUUUAUAAUAUAAAUAAAAGAUAUUAAAAUA